UACAGCGCAUUUCUGAUCUUUCAUUUCCCCGAAUAUAGGUUUAAGGAGAUCAUAGUCGCAGUUGCGUGCAGCCACUGUUCUCUGUUAUGGUACAUUGGACCUCGGCGAUUAGAAGCUUGUAAACGCCGGAUGGCGCCAUGACGAUUUUAUAUCGAGCGGACGAAAAUCAUGGCAUCAUGCUUUGUUUCAUACAAACACUUAAACCCUCGACGAACCACUCUAUAACCACCAUAACCUAAGCAAUCCUCAAUCCACAACAACACAUUCGACACACAGUAGAUUCAACCUACCUCUGCCACCAUGUCCACAGCAGCAGCCCUCGCCGGCAGCACCGGCCUCGUCGGCUCACACAUCCUAACGCAACUCCUCUCUCACCCGUCCAUCCUCGCCGUAAACGCCUACACGCGCCGCGAACUCCCGCAAGAAACCGCCUCCCCGAAACUCUACCCCCUCAGCUCGACCGACACCUCCGUCUGGCCGUCCCUCUUCCCCCGCAGCCCAGCCCCCUCGCUCUUCAUCUCCGCGCUCGGGACCACGCGCGCAGCCGCCGGCGGCGUCGACGCACAGCGCAAGAUCGACCUCGAUCUAAACUACGACCUCGCGGUCGCGGCCAAGGACGCCGGCGUGCAGACGUACGUCCUCGUGUCCUCCGGCGGCGCGAACGCAAACAGCAUGGCCGCGUACCCGAAGAUGAAAGGCGAGUUGGAGGAGAAGGUGAAGGCGCUGGGGUUCAAGCAUACUGUCAUCUUGCGGCCUGGACUCAUUCUGGGUACGAGGGGGGAGAGUAGGCCGGCGGAGGCGGUGGUCAGGCAUAUUGCGUGGGGGUUGAAGAGGGUGACGCCUGCGCUGACGAACUUUUGGGCGCAGGAUGCGGAGACGAUUGCGAGGGCGGCGGUGGAGGCCGGGGUGAGGUGUGAGGAGGGGAAGAGGGAGGGGAAGGAGGGGGUUUGGGAGUUGGGGCAGAAGGAUAUUCUUGAGCUUGGGGAGGUGAGGAAGUGAUGGGUUUUUGGGAGAUUGCCAUGGCGUACACAGUGUGGACUUGUAAGCACAAGUGCGACGAGGUGUGACGGAUGUCCCGAAAGGACGGGAUUGCGGGGGAACGGUCCCGAGAUGAUGGGAUGCAAAUCUUUGGUUCUGGAAUGUCUCACGAAGAAUGCUUAUUCUGGUAUCGGUAUCCCAAUCUCGAUGGCUCAAUGUGGAAAAACUGGACGUCGUGGCAUCAGACUCGACCGAAUUUGGAGAUCACUCGUUCCUAUCGUAAUGGGGAGGCAGUGCGAAUGACUGGGAGAACCGGUGAAUCGCUUUGAUGUUUUCUGUUCUAUUGGUAUCUUUUCGUUACCUGCUAGUACUUCGAAUGAGAUACCCUCUUUUCAUCGU